UCUCAGAGGGAGAAAAACAAUGAGACAGAAAAGGAUUUUUUCCUGGAGUCAUUGCUCCAUUUCUGAUUCGAUGUUGGAGACGAUUGUCCGGCCUGGAGAUAACAUCACUAUUUACUGUGACUGCAAAGUGUCAUUUGGAAAAUAUGUAGUUUGGUUCAGGAACUGUUCCCAUCAAUACCAACCUACUCUUGUUGUAAACUGGAAGAACUUGCUUUAUGAAAGAGAAAUCACAUUCCCUCGUUUUAAAUAUUUGAAGAAUGAGUCGUCCAACUCCUAUGACCUGAUGAUUAUAAAUGUCACUAAUUCUGAUGAGGGACUUUAUUACUGUGGAACUUUAGAGACCAAGGUAAAGCAAGACGAAAACAAAAACAUUUUCUCUCAAGAAUCUUACCUCUAUGGCAACAUGACCACAAAGAUCACACUCUAUACAGAGACUCAUUUACCACACCAAAAUAUUUCCAUGACAGUGGAGGAAUGUGGUUUGUGCUGGAAGCUGCUCUUUGCUCUGUGUCCGUUUUUUUCUGCUCUCUCAGCUCUCCUCUCCGCAUUUCUGGUUUACCUGCUAUGCCAAAAGUCAGCAAACACCAAAGCUGAGAAAAAGAGAGGAAACACUUCAAGACAAACAGAAGAAACCCAGGAUGAGAAUGUGUGUUAUGCCGCCCUGGAAAUUCAUCAGCCAUCGCAGAGAACUAAGAGGAAGAGGACGAUCCAGAGUUCAGAUUUCAGCACAUACUCUGCUAUCAAGACAUUCCAGGAGGAGAGUCAUAUUUAACUUAGAGGUUAAAACUAAAUUUAAAGAGAAUUUCUAAUCGCUUUCUUUGAUUUAUGUUCUUCCUCUAACACUGAAAUCAAACAAAAAUGAGUAACCUUCACAAUCACAAAUAAAUCAUUUUCAGAAAACUUUUGAUUUGAUGGUGUUUAAAUCUGUCUUGAUCAGAAUGAAGCCCUGCUAAGUCAUGCAUUGACUAUUCCAGACAAGGCUGCAUGUCUGAAAGCAAAUAUGUUCAUCUCACCUAGACAGCUUUGACAAAAACACCAGGGAAAUUUCCAACAAAUUAUACUCUUCUAAUGACUAUAUUUUUAUUUUAGAUUUCAGUAACAGUAAAGACAUGUAUUUAUUUUUUUGGAUUUUUGACAUUAAUAUAUAUUUGUGGGCUCUUUCAAUGUCAUUAACUUUAGCCUGAAUUGCAUUUCUAAUGAUUGGAAACAUUUUCUGUGAUACGUUGUUUUACAACCUGCUUUGUAGUGUUCGCCUGAAAAUUUUGCAAAAAAGGAAAAUUAAAAAGAAACUUGAGAAAAAACGUACAGUUUUAGGUCUUUCACAUUUAAUAAGAAACAAAUGUACU